GGAAGCUGGUGAUUUUUCCCAGGUCCUGAUGGAGUCUCCUGUCUGUCUCCCAUCAGGCUGCUGAUCAGCUGUCGGUCUGCUCUCUAAACCAGCUUUGGGGAAAGUCCAGCUUGAUCCGAGUUCUUGCCGCUCCUGAUAGCAGCAGUUUAAGGCAUCCGCUUUGUGAGAGCCAGACAGCCCACCAGCAAGCAAACACCACGAUACUAAAGAGCAGCGAUGCUCCACCCAAAGCCUGCCUCCAUCAUGGCGUCAGUCAACCAGACAGCACUGGACUCUUUUCUUAACUAAAAUAAGGAAUUUUCUCUGCAAACUUUGUAUUAUGAAGUGUAAUCAGAACAUUAAAAACACAUAUUUUUGUAUUUUAAGGUGCUUAUGUUAAAAAGCAAUCUCUGCCUUUAACCUCAGGAAGGAAAUGAAGUCGUUAAAAAGCAAACUUUCAAAUGUGAUCAUGACCUCAGUGUUUUAUGUUGCAUUAUUUUUUGUAUUUUCUACAUUUUUUAUAAUCUAUGUAAGUUUGAUGGUGGAUUUACCUGCUCAGUGUUUUUUGUUUUUUAACCUUGAAUCCUUUUGUACGUAAUGUAUUGUCUGAAGUGGGGGGAGACGUGAAACCAGUCUUACAGGGCUGAUGAGAGCUGCGUCUUAGUGCCGUUUUUCCAGUUUCACUGCCUUCUCUCUGUGACUCAGAGGAAAUAUCUAAAGCUCUCAUUUGCUUUUACAUCUUGUAACCUGAAAGAUUGGAAACAACUUCUUUUAUAUAUGAAUAUAUCUAUAUAAAUACCUCUCUCAAACACGUUCUUUCUGGUAAUGCUUUUUUUUUAAGUUAAUCUAUUUUUAAUGUGUUGCUGCUUUAUAUUCUGUAGAAGUUUUUUUAUUCCUUUAACAUUUUAUUUUGAAAGGUCUGAAAAUCAAGUUUAACAGGAGUGAUCUGGUGACCUGACGCACCUUCAGUUGAUUGUUUUUUUUUAAGCGGCCAGGAAAACUCUGGUGAAGAGCUGGAUUUAAAAGUAUAAAUACUUUGGAUUCAUUCGUCCAACUUUACGGAGACAAUAUGAGUAAAACAAAGACUAAAAAUGAUAAUAAGACGGAGAAAGCUCUGGCUGCGGAGAAAGAACAGUUUGGCAAACAGCAGCUUCACAGUCUCAGCAAAAUCGCCACCUCAGCUGAAGUUCCACAUAUAAUCCUGGGAACGCAUAAGGAGGGUGGAGCCACCACCUUCUGGUCCUACGUCUUGAACCUGCCUCUGUCCAGCAACUCCAUGGUCAGCUGGAAGGUCUGCUAUCUGAUUCACAAAGUGCUCAGAGAAGGCCACAGGAAUGUUAUUACAGAUUCUCACAGACACAGCCGCAGCAUAAGAGACAUGGGAGUCCUUUGGGGAAACCUGCAUGAUCGAUACGGUCACAUUGUGGCCUUGUCUGCUAAAUACCUCCACCUAAAAAUGGAGUUUCAUGCAAAGCACAAAGUGAUUCCAGGUAACCUGGAAGCCACUGAUGAAACCUUGGAGAAGGAAGCAGGAACUGAUAUGACCAAAGUGUUGGACAUGACUCAGCAGCUGAUGGACCACUGGGAUGCUGGACUGAAGAUGGCUGAGACAGUUCUGCGUCAGAUGGAUGCCAACGGGGCCAAAUCCACGACCCAAGCCGGACAGUGCAGACUGACGCCUCUCAUCCCUCUCAUACUGGACUGCAGUUUCCUCUACCACUUCUCUGUCCGCCUGCUUUUCAAACUGCACAGCCGUAUCGCUCCAGAUGUGCUUCUGGGUCAUCGAGAGAGGUUCCGGGACCAGUUCGUCAGCCUCACGCAGUUCUUCAACAGAGCCAGAGAAAUUGAGUUCUUCAAAACGAUCAUCCAGAUCCCAGAUCUCCCAGAUUCGCCCCCAAACUUUCUCCGAGCCGCUGCCUUGGGGGAGUACAAAAGGCCGGUGGUGCUGAUGCCGGGCGAGGAUCGUCCAGAGGAGGAUGAAGUGGAAGCGCAGCCAGAGUUUAGAGACACGACUCAGAUACCACAGUACUAUUUGCUCAAUCAGAUGGGAGGAUCUGAGCUGCCUGUGGAGCACAGAGAAAGCGACAACAAUGGCUAUAAGAGGGAACUGGAGGUUCUGAAACCAGAGCUAGAGCUCAUCAAGAGUGAGGCUCAGAAAUGUAUGGUUGAGUUAAAGGCUCAGGUGAACCGUCUGGAAGCAGAGGUGGAGGAGCAGCGCACCCACAAGCAGGUCGCUAUGGUUGAAAACGAACACCUGCGGAUGGAGGUGGAGGCCUUGCGCAGCGCUAACGUGGCCAACGUCGGAGCUCAGAUCGGAUACAAGGAGGCGGACAGCAGAGCUCAGGCUGCAGAGGUUCGGUUCACGCAGCUCAAAGAGAGACACGCAGAGCUGGUUACGAGUCACGCCGAUUUAAUGAAGAAGAAUGCAGAAACAGUUAAGAUGCUGACGAGUACAAAGCAUGUUCAAGAUGAUUUACUCAGAGCCAAGCAGCAACUGGAGAGCGAGGUGGAAAGUCUGCGGCAGGAGAAAAGAUCGGCGAUGAAUGUCCAGCAGCAGGAAGUUGAUCGCCUGAACAAAGAGCUACUGGAGCAGAGGGCAGAGAUGGCGCUGCUCCACAGCAUUCUGGAGAAUAAAGAGAAGGAGGGGACUCAGGUCAGCAGCAGCCUGGCAGCCCUUCAGGCGGAGCGCGAUGCGCUGCUUCGCUCCGCCAAGGAGAAGGACGCAGAGCUGUCCAGUCUGAGACAGCAGGCCCAGCAGCAGCAGAGCUCCAUGGACCUGGAGAAAGACAGGAUGAGCCGAGAACUGGAGGCUCUGAGGGCCCAGCUGCAGCAGCAGCUUGCUAUAAACGCAGAGCAGAAGCUGGAGAUCGACAGACUGAAGCGAGAGCUGGACUCCACCCGAGCAGAUCUGGCUCGCGCUAACACUCUGCUGCAAAGCAAAGAGAUGAGCGGCACACAGCUGAACAGCACAUUGGCCGGCCUGCAGGCAGAGAAGGAUGCGUUGCUGCGAUCCGUUCGGGACCAGGAUGCAGAGCUGAAAUCUCUGAGACAGCAAGCCCAGCUCCACCAGAGCAUCCUGGAGCAGGAGAGGCAGAGGAGCAACAUGGAGCUGGGAAACUUACACGCUCAGCUGCAGCAGCAGGCGUGUCGGGAGGGUGAUCUGGCCCAGAAGCUGCAGAACGAGCAGUUCUGUCUCCUUCAGUGUGCAGUCGUUGAAGCUGAGGGCAUCAUAUUGGACGCUGUUGCCAAACUGGAUGACCCCAUACAUGUCCGCUGCAUCAGUUCUCCAGAUUAUUUGAUAAACCGAGCUGAGAUCACUCUGGGCUCUAUUGAUAAAAUGCAGCAGAGCCACAUGAUGUAUCUGGGGAACAGAAACGAUGCAAGUGGCCUGCUGAGGGCCGUCACCCAGUUUUCCCACCUCGCCGCAGACACCAUCGUUAACGGCGCUGCAACGUCUCACUCGGCUCCCAUCGAUCAUGCUGAUGCUUUAACCGACAGCUGUCGGGAAUGUGCGAAUAACUGCCUGCAGUACCUGAAUGACCUGAAAUCUCAGGUCAAUCUGCAGAGAGCCGAUCCGGCCGCCAUUCGUUACAUUAUUCAACGCAUCCUCGCCAUGGGACAGGAUUUACGCCCAAAAGGACAGGAUGUGCUGAAAGAGGAGCUGGGAAGCAUGGUGGAUAAAGAAAUGGUCGCUACGUCAACUGCUAUUGAGGAUGCUGUGCUGCGAAUGGAUGAGAUUCUGUCCCAAGCAAAGAGCAACACCAGCGGCGUAAAGUUGGAGGUCAACCAGAGCAUCCUGGGAUCCUGUUCAGAUCUGAUGAAGGCAAUUCACAUCCUGGUCACAGCUGCCACUGACUUACAGAAAGACAUUGUGGAAGGAGGCAGGGGGGCGGCAUCUGUUACUGAGUUUUAUGCCAAAAACUCUCGCUGGACCGAAGGACUCAUCUCAGCAUCCAAAGCUGUGGGCUGGGGUGCAACUCAGCUGCUAGACUCGGCUGACCGGGUCGUGGCUGAAAAAGGUUCAUAUGAGGAGCUCAUUGCCUGUUCCCACGAGAUCGCAGGAAGCACUGCCCAGCUGGUCGCAGCAUCAAAGGUGAAGGCUGAUCGCAGCAAUAAGAAGCUGAACACGCUGCAGCAGGCCUCACGGCACGUGAAUGACAUGGCUGCAGUGGUCGUCACCUCCACCAAGCAUGGGCAGCAGCAGAUCUCCGACCACGGUGUGAUGGACUUCUCCGGCAUGUCAUUGAUCAAACUCAAAAAAGAGGAAAUGGAAGCUCAGGUGAAGGUUCUGCAGCUUGAGAGCCAGCUGGAACAGGAGCGAAUCCGUCUUGGGGAGCUCAGGAAGAGGCACUACGACCUUGGGGGCCCCGAUGGCAAAAACGACGACGAUAGCUUCCCUCCCCCUCCACCACCGACCCUGCUUGACUCCACCUCGCCACCCCUGUCGUUUCCAAGCACAAAGCCUCUCACAACCACUUCAAGCUUCUCCCUGCCCCAGUCUUACACCCCAACUCAAACCUACACCCCCUCUCAAUCAUUCACACCUUCUCAACCCUAUAACCCAUCCCAAAGUUACACACCUCCCCAGCCCUACACCCCUCCCCAGCCCUACACCCCCUCCCAGCCCUACACCCCCUCCCAGCCCUACAUUCCAUCCCAACCUUACAGUUCAUCAGUGCCUUUCACCCCAAACCUGAGCCAGAGCUACCUGCAGCCACAGUCUCAUUCGCUGUCUCAGCCCUCGUCGCUUCCAUCCGCUGCUGCUCAGCCUAAACCGGCCUCUCAGCCACAGACCGCCCAGCAGAGCAGCACUGAAUCCCACAAACUGACCUUCAAGAAACCAAGCAUCUUCGUUAAAUCUGGAAACUUGCUGAAAAAUGCGUUCAAACGAGGGGAAACUGGAACAGGAGAGUCUUAGAGUUCCCUGAAAAAGAAGAAUCCGACCUGAUGAAGUUAGGACUCGUUGGAGAAGUUCCCACUUUUGAUGAUGGUGGUGAAUUAAACUCAGAUUAAAUGAAACUUCAUGGAAAAAGCUGCAGUUUGUUAUCGCUUGAUAUGUGCUACAGUUUUAUCACUAAUGACAAAGGCAUAUUUUCUCAUCCUUUAUAUCUCUAAUCCUUAAAUCAGUAAAAAUGAUCAAACUGUUUAAGGUUGAGUUGUACCUCUGUUUUUAUUUUUCUUUGGUUUAUUUCUUAAUAAAACCUUAAUCCGAACUAUUUUAAUACCAAUUUAAGGCAAUCUGAGUCAUCAGACGAGACGUAAAAGCUUUACUACUGAAACCAAAAUUUGAGACAUAAUUAGAGUUCCAAGUGGAGGAAAAGUUGACUGGAGCAUCAAACCGUUUCAUGGUUUGAAUCAUUAACAGGUUGACUCCAAACCAACAUGUCAAGAUUUCAAUCUUACUGUUAGCUCAGCUGCCCCGCUUUUUAAUAAGCAUUUUUGUCCUGUUGUAUAAAAAUGUGUCUGCUUUUGUGUUUUAAUUGGUUGUUCCUUUUAAUUGCUUCUAAUCUAAGACGACUUCAAUGUUUUUUUCUUAACUUGUCUGUAAGGAAAUUUUAUAUUUAUUGAUAUAAAAAGGUUUAACACUCAAAAUGACACACUGCGCCGAUCUUUAACCGCACCAAAGUGGACAUUUAUUGCCUCUUCUGUCAAUAGUCCUCUUUAAAUAAUUAACUUAAAGCAAUCAUGGCGUCAAAAUGUUUAAAAAUCAUUUAUAUUUAUGAUUUAUUUUUUUUUAUAUCUGUUUUGUACUUGUUUUAUUGUUUCAGUAGCGCUAUUUUAAAACAGCAUUUUGUUUGCUUUUUGUUUUUUCACUGUUUGGGAAACGCAGUCUGCUUUAACAUUUUGGAUUCAAUGAUAGUAGAUAUAUGUAUAUCUGGUAGAUGCUCUCGGUUUCUGUCAUUUGAUUGGCUGGUUCACUGUAUUUACAAGAAAUUUCACAGGAGAACCCAAUAAAGU